AACACUUAUGUAUAUUUUUACAUAACAUGGGAUCCCAGGAACACUGAGUGCGAUCUUCUUGUAACUCUAACAUAGAAUAUCUAGAGUUUUCCAUGCUUUUACUUCAUCGCCCCAUGACGCAUUCAUAUAGAUUAGGUUAUCGAGACACCAGAUUUCGCCAUGACUUGCGAAAAACGUAAGCCUUUCUUGUACAUUCAUUUAAAUAGCGUGUAUGUGUAGUAGCCUACCCAUAGAUGUACUAUGGUAGUACCAAAGCACAAGACGCCAGGAAACACUGUAUUAAAUUCAAGGAAGUUAUAUGGUCCUUAACUAAAUUUUGAUAUUCUACGAUUAUCGAUGACAUGUUUUCAGUAACAAGCCUACAAAAGGAUACAUGUAUUUCAUGGAAUAGAAAUAGAUCCAAGCGAAAUAUUAUCGCCCAGAGAUAUAUUUUCUAAGAAAGUAAAAGUGGAGCCAGCAUUAAAUUCCGAUUAAAUAGCUGCUUAAUAAAACUAUUAUCUAUUUGUUCCUCGUGAUUUUACUCCUUCUUUUUACUGAAAAAACAACAACAGUUCGAAUUCCGAUUUCCGAAGAUACUUUUUAAUGUACAAUAUGGCAGCGUCCAUGCCAUAGAGUAGAGAAACUGAAAGGUACGUUUUACCACAUGUGCACACAAUAUUGAAUGAAAGAGGAAUCAUGGCUGACGACGAUUUUCCUUUUGAUUUAUACACUGGGUCGGACACAGGCUUUUUGAAAGGAUGUUUACUGUCGAACAAGACAGCAACACAAAUUAACCAGAUUGAAGAACCAAAGAAAGAAUUGGGUAUAACUUGUCUGGCUUGGGGGAAUGACGAAAGAUCAGUUAUUUGCACUGGCUGUAAAUAUGGACGUGUGUAUUGUUAUUCUUUGAAAUCGGCCUCUUGUGUUCAACUGCACGAGGACCAUCAUUCUGAUACAAGUCAGUCACAAAAGAUAGCUCUGAAGGAAAUUAGAUACUCAGAACCAGACUUGAAUCUUAUUUCAGCAUUCAGUAAUGGUUUGGUGAAAGUGGCCCAUUUUGAAGAAAUAUCAUGGGAAGAAGGAGAGAACACACCUAGUAGACCUACUCAUGAAAUCGGUGCUGGAAAUGACCUUUAUUGUAUGGACUUUAAUCUGAACUCUAGGACUCUGAUUGCUACUGGAGGUAAGAAAAAUCCUCUAAAGAUCUGGGAUAUCACGAAACCCGACCAGCCACCCACAUUUACAGCAAAAAAUGUUAAAAAUGACUGGCUGAAUCUGCAUGUUCCUGUGUGGGAAACGAAAGUUCAAUUUAUUCCUGGAGGAGACAAAGUAAUCACAGGAACUGGCUAUGCCCAAAUCAGGAUGUAUGAUCCAUCAAGUGUUCAAAGGCGGCCUGUCCUUGAAAUGAAAUUUGAAGAGAAUCCAAUUACAGCACUUUCUGUCAGACCAGGAGUAGAGCAUCAAGUAGUUGUUGGUAAUACUCUUGGUAAUAUUGCCUUAUUAGACAUUCGAAAGAAAGGUGUGGUGAAAAGCUUCAAAGGAUCACGUGGUGGAGUUACAGAUAUAAAGUUUCAUCCAUCGCGCCCUGUCUUUGCAAGUUGUGGUAUAGACAGAUUUGUGAAUUGUUUUGACCUGGAACAGCACAAACACCCUCUUUAUUCUGUUUACAUGCAUUCUUCUUUAAACUGUUUGUUGUUUUCAUCGAAAUGGUCCCCUGACGAUUCUGCAGGUCACGAUGAUGCAACGAUAGAGGGAUCAGACAAUUUGGAACCAACCGCUAUCAGUGAUGGAGUUGAGGGUAAAGUAAAGAAAGAUUUUCAUGAGGAUGAAAAUGAUGAAGAGGAAGAUGUUUGGAAAUCAAUGGCUGUUGUGAAGACAAAGAAGCGCAAGCAGGAUUCUAAUUUUUCUCCAAUAAGGACAAAAACGAAAAAGUGAGACAAAAGACAAAGAAAAUGUUGACCUUGAGUAAAAGGCUAUGAAAGGAGAACAAGACUUACGCAAGGUUGAAGGUGUGAGGUUUUCUACUGUUUUAGUCGCAGGUCAUUUUAUAAUCUGCUAAAAUAACUCACCUUAAUUGACUUCCACUGUGGGGGUGGGGGGAUCAUAAUGUGAGUAGGGCUUUUACACUUUCCCAACGGCUCGCUGACCUAGCCUCGCUGGACCGAGAGCCGCAAAAUAUGGCUCGAGUGGUUCGCUAUCUAUUCCAAUCCAGCAAUGAAAUUCUCGGCCGAUCCAGGUUUUCAAAAUGAUAGAAUAGACUUCCUGUUAGCAGAUACAAAA